GUAUCUGUCUCGCAAUUCCACAGAAUGAGCAGCACAUUUGUGACCCUCACAGAGGUGCUGGAAGCCAGAGGAGGACCGCUGGAAGAGGAUGAGGUGUGGUCGCUCCUGCUGGGCUCAGCUGAAUCCCUCUUAGACCUUUCCUACAAAGGUCACAAUAUCUGCAGCAUUAUAACUCCUGCAUCACUGCUCUUGUCCGCGACUGGGACGCUGGCAUUCAAGAACUGUGCUAUGACAGAUGAGGUGUGUGCCUUCACAGCCCCAGAGAUGCUGCAAGGCCGUGCCAUCUCCACCAAGCUAGCUAUGGAGAAGAUAAUCGUGUAUUCUCUUGGGAUGACUCUGUAUUGGUCAGUUGAUUAUCAUCUCCCUCAAAACCAGCCCAUUCAGCUAAGUGACUCUCUGAAUUGCCUUCUCCUGAGCAUGUGUGAGGACAUGGCCCAUCGACGAGCCAACCUGAACUCCAUCUUGGAGGUUUGUGAAUCACAUCACAAAGCAUCUCUCCUGCCUCCUCCCAACAAAGUCAUCAAACAGCUGGUAGAGGAUGUCUUCCAAGACUCUGUGGAUCGAGCUGCUUUAACUGAAAAUGUUGCACAGUUGAGUGGGAAAAGUCAGAUGAUCAGAGAAAGACUACAUGGUAAGCGUGGACCAUAUCCUGGUUAUACAGAGGGGAACGGAGCUUCAGGAGAGACUCGCAGACUGUCUCUGGACUCCGAGCCAAAGCCAGGAAUUUCCCAACAACAGAAAACCUGGUCUCUCAGAAGUAGACCUAGUCAGACCACAUCAUAUCAGGGCUCAAACAGAAUUCCACUGGGGCUUCACCACAGACGAAGCACAAGUUGUUGGCUGUCACAAAGUACAUGCCUCAACGUUCCCAAAAAGGGUGAAGCCCGGCCUUCCAGUCCCUGUAUCACUGUUAGUGAGUCUGCAAUCAGCCUCUCCCAAAGGAAAGCUAAGAGUCUUGGACCUGAAUUUACCAGGAUGAUUGAUGAACCUCAAAUAGUUUUAGAGCUGCCAGGAUCUAUAGUGUCAAAGAAAGGCAAGUCAGGCUUGUCUCAAAGGGAGGUUAACGUGAUCAUGCCAAAUGAACAGUGUGUGGCAGUGAAAUGUGACAUCAAGUCCCGUGGGAGAGAUGUCUUCGACAUGGUUGUGGCACACGCUAACCUUGUGGAGCACUUUUACUUUGGCCUUGCUUUCAUUGAUGAUGGUGAAUUUUUCUUUUUGGACCCUGAGACAAAAAUCUCAAAGGUUGCCCCAGAUUGCUGGAAGAAAGUGGCUUCUGCGACAUUUACGCUUUUUCUCCGUGUCAAAUUUUUCCCUGAUGACAUCUCCUAUAUAUUGCAUAGACUUACACGACACCAAUACUAUCUCCAGCUGAGGAGGGACGUUCUGGAGGACAGAGUGUACUAUACUGAGGAGACCGCAUUGUUUCUUGCUGCGUUAGCACUGCAGGCUGAGUUUGGAGAUUAUUUGCCUGAAGUUUAUGGGAAGAACUAUUUCCAAAUGGAGCAGUACAUCUCUAAGAGAGUCAUAGAGAAAGUGGCCUUGCCCUGUUUAAGAGAGGAGUUGCCAAGGUUACAUGCCAAUAAUGCCCACAUGCUUCCAGAGGAGGCUGAGAUGGAGUUCUUAAAGAUUGCACAGCAGCUGCCAGAGUAUGGAGUGCUGUUCCACAGAGUUGCCCGUGAAAGGAAACCUAUUAUUGGAGAGCUGGUUUUGGGAAUUUGUGCCAAAGGAAUUAUGGUUUAUGAAGUCAAGAACCAUUCUCGUGUGUUAAGCCGCAAAUUUCACUGGACAGAGACAGACAGUCUCUCAACAAGUAGACGAAAAUUUACCAUUGAGUGCAGCCCGAGUGGGAAGAAGCACUCAUUUGUGACAGAGAGCUCAAAGAUCGCACAGUACCUCCUGAACCUCUGCUCAGCCCAGCACAAGUUUCACAGUGAGAUGACCUCUCGUCAACUGACCUACUGUUUAGCCUCAGAUGAUAGCGUGGCAAAAUAUACAUCAAUAUGCCGUGCUCGACACAAUCAGAUAAAUAGGCUGUCAUGCUCGGAGAUUGUGCUCAACAAUAUUGGUUUGAAUGGAUUACCCAAUGACUCCAUGAGCAAGUCUUGCGAUGACCUGUCAGCAAAGAUCGGAGUUCGGAUUCAGCAACAGAAUGAAGUAAAUGACAUUCCUGAACCAAGAACCCCAAGUGAACUGAAAGACCAGAGCCGAAGCAGCAGCCCUCCAGAAACUUUCAGUCCUCCAGUCUAUCGCAUCAUGUCCAAUGUCUCUUUGCAAAAGCAGGACUCAGAGGUUAAUUUCACCACCUCGUCUAUAAGAGUGGACACACCCACAAGAACAACCCCAGAGAGAGAAAUCAUCAGUGUAACUUUAAAAAAGGAUCCAAAACUUGGUUUCGGUUUUGUAAUGGUCGGUGAGGACAACACAGGGAAGUUAGAUCUGGGAAUUUUCAUAGCAUCCAUCGUUCCCGACGGGCCAGCUGAUAGGGACGGCAGAAUCAGACCCGGUGGUCGGCUGAUCUCUCUGAAUAAGACCAGUCUAGAGGGGGUGACGUUUAAUAUAGCUGCUGCCAUACUGCAGAGCAGCCCAGAUGAAGUGGAGCUCAUAGUGUCCCAACCCAAACAGGAUCUCCGGGACAGUAAGACCUCACUGGCUACAAGUAAUUUAGGGAUGAUGCUGGAAAGAGGCUUUGGCUCUCAAAGCACCCUGAGUGCAGAGUACAGGCCUGUGAUGGAGGAGCUGGAGGAGACCCUGUCCAACAUCAUGGCUCCCAAAAUGGGCAAAAGGCUGCACAUACCUGUGGUGCGGAUUCUGGAUUUUCAGGAUAGAUAUAAUUCUUCCAGCUUCAGUUCAAGGCCAGGUGAAGUAAUCUACAUGGAGCUCAGAAAGAUCAACAGCAGCUUGGGAAUCAGUGUUGGUGGGGGAAUCAACACUAAUGUACAUCAUGGAGGAAUCUACAUCAAAAGCGUGAUCCCAGGAGGAGCGGCAGAUCAAGAUGGAAGAAUACAGAUAGGUGACAGGCUGCUAGAGGUGGACGGCUGUAACCUGUGUGCUGUCACACACAGGCAGGCGGUAGAGUGCCUGAAGAGGACGGGGGAGGUGGUGAGCCUGGUUCUGGAACGAGAGCCUCCAGUGGUGCUGGACACUUACAGUGCCUCAUCCACAUUGGAGAGACAGAGAUCUCCUUCACCCCUCAGUGCUCAAAGCACACCCACCCCCCUGAGGAGAGAUGUGACCAUGGAAACGCCCUUGUCUGUCAGGGCCAAGGACUUCAGCUUUGUGUCAGAUGAUGACAUCCUGGAGGUGACGCUACAGAAGAGUCUGAGUAGCCUGGGGUUCAGUUUCAUCAUAUCUGAACUGGGUCCGGAUGAGGGCAGCAUGGUGCAAAUUAAGAGCCUUUCUUCUGGUCAGCCUGCAGGGGAUUGUGGGCUUCUGAAGGAGGGAGACAUAAUCCUGGCUGUCAAUAGAGAACCUGUCAGAGGCCUUUCCUAUGAGGAAGUUCUGCGUCUCCUCCAAAAAUCUCCAUCUAAGAUUAGGCUGUCAAUCUGCAGAACUUCACAGGAUGAACAUACAGAUAUUGAGACCUCUCUGGGUCAUGACACACUUCCAAACCGUGCACUGAGAUCCAGGUCUCUAGACCUGCAGACAAGGACUGUUGCCCCAGACUUUAGUGAACUCCUCAAGAAGCGGGCGAUAGAGGUGGGUCUAAAGAAAGAAGUUUCCCCAGAGAAAACCCAGGAGAUCCCAUUGACCCAACAGAAACCAGAUACUGAGCUGGUGGAUACUACUAUAUCAGCCCCUCCACCCCUACCUCCACGUCCAUCCUCAGGUGAAGCUGGAGAACCUAAACCUCAUGCCAUAAUGGGGGAGGGGCAUGAGAGCAAAGCCCCACCCCCAACACCAUGCACUGUUAAAGUGACAACAGCCAAUCCAGCACCAACACCAGCAGCCCCUGAAACAGCAAUUGCAACCCAUCAGCAAGAGUCAAAAAAUGAUACCAUCUCAACCAACCAUGUCUCAGCUUGUACCAGUCACACAACUGAAGGUGUGGAAGAGAGCAUGACAAGUUUCACAGCUAAUGGACUGACCGUCAUAGCCGAUGAGGAAUACUUGAGCAUCACCACCACAGCACCUUCUCCUCCAAGCUGCAGCAUUGCUGUCUCCAAUGAACCGCCACCACCAGCGGCCCUUUCUCCAUCACUGUUAAGCACACCUCCAUCCUACCAGCAAGCAACUCAAACGUCAUCACCAGUGAAACCUCCUGCCCAGUUUACCAUCCCCUCAGCCAGAAACAACAGCGGCUGGGAUGAUGAUGAAGAAGAGGAGGAUGAUGAAGAUCCCCAAAGGGACAUGUUGAAGGAGUUUGAACUGACUGUCUCACUGACCAAAUCAUGGUGUGGCAGUUUUGGUUUUACAAUAACCAGGAGUAAACUGGACAACUGCUUUUAUGUCCAGGAGGUCCUGGAUAAUCCAGCCAAAGCAGAUGGCAGACUUAGGGCAGGAGACAGACUUGUCAUGGUAAACGGUCACAAUGUGACCAACGUGACAGAUGACGUGGCUAUUAGCAUCCUCAGGUCUUCCUCUAAAAGACUGCACAUGGUGCUGGGCAGAGCUGUGCAAAAUCUACUCCCCCCGCCGCCUCCUGACACCCUCCAGGACAUUGUCAUCCCCAAGACUCCAUCCGGACAACUGGGUAUCAAGCUAACAGGGGGUAUUGGCAGCAAGUGGCAGGGAAUUUAUGUCCAGGAGGUGGUGCCAAGCUCCCCUGCUAGUGAAGAGGGCAGCAUCCAGCCCAAUGACAAGAUUGUUUAUAUAUGUGGGAAGUGCACCCUGGGAAUGACGCUGGAGGAUGCUGUGAAAGUGUGUGAGAGUGCCCCGCGCAAAGUCCGAUUCAAAGCCAUGAGAGAUGACCAACCAGUGAUACCAGUAGAUAAAUGGAAUGGUUUGUUUGAAUGGAAGGAGAAAAAAGUCUUCCCCCACCUCGAAGAGCCUGUGUCCCCUGACAUGGAGGCGGCUCCUACCGAUGUUAAACCUGUCGCUGACAGUGCCAUACAAUUCAGGAAAAGGCUGUCUGUCACAUCAGAGCAGGAGAAGCUGUACAGUGAUAAUGGAGGGGAAUUCAACAACCAAGAAAUCAGAGACAUGGCUGGAAAUUUUAACAUUGAGAUAAGAACAACGGCUGGAUACAGUCCCUGGAGCAACAGACUACUCGAGAGACAUAAUCAAACACUCACCGAGAUCAUCCUGAAGGUCAAACGAGAAAAUGGAUGUGACUGGCACACUGCCCUUGACUGGGCCCUCAUGGCUAAGAACAGUAUGGUGAAUGUUCAUGGAUAUAUUGUUUUAAUUGUCUUCUCCUGCUGUAACACUUCAUUUGCAGAUAUUACAGCACGAACAGAAACACAGGCAGAUCAUGUGUCUUUCCAGACCUCAGAAUGUCCUGGUGUUGGAAGGGAAUGUGAGCAGGAAAGUCGAAACUGUACACUUACCUGUCAGAGGUGUUGUCCAUCUCUGGGAGUCACAGACAUGCUACAGGAAAGGACAGACCCCCAGGAGCAGCAUCUAGAAAAAUCUGCCAUGAAAACAGAGCAUAGCCAGUCAGUCGGCUGGAGCAGUGAUGAAGAAGAGGAUGGUGAUGAUGAUGACAAUGCUUCUCAGCCAUGGCUUCCCGAGACCGUUCCUAAUACAGGUCGACCAAUUGUGUCAGAAGAGGAGCUUGCUAGGCUUGCAGUGAUAUCCCUGUCUAAGAAUGGGCAGUACUCUGGCUCCAGGGUCAAAGCCCUCAUACAGGCCCUUGAACAGUUAGAGAAGCAAGAUCUGAUCAAAGAGUUUAUGGCUUUAGAGCAUUUGAAACCCUCAGACAACUGCCUGGUUGGAAAAGCACCUGAAAACCGGGAGAAGAACAGAUACAGAGAUAUCCUGCCCUAUGAUAAGACGCGUGUACCUGUCGGAGAGAAUGAGGGCUACAUCAAUGCCAGCUACAUUCGUAUGAAGGUGGGCACAGAGGAGCUCCUCUACAUCUCUGCUCAGGGCCCUUUGCCUGGCACUCAGGAUAACUUCUGGCAGAUGGUGUGGGAGAACAAGUCUGAUGUUAUCGCCAUGAUGACUCAGGAGGUGGAACAUGGCCGGGUAAAAUGCCACAAGUACUGGCCCGAGAAGCUCGAUGUUCCCAAAGAAACCAGCCGUUACCAGCUCCACCUGGAUAACUACCAGAUGCUUGGCUAUUUCCACAUUAAGGUCAUCAAGAUGGUGGAAAAAGAGAGUGGAGACAUUCAAUUUGUAAAGCAUCUAAAGUUCACCACAUGGCCUGACCAUGGCACGCCACACUCCUCCGAGCAGCUGGUGUGCUUCAUGCGCUACAUGAGGGCUGUUCACACUAAAGGGCCGAUCAUAGUCCACUGCAGUGCAGGCAUUGGCCGAUCUGGAGUCCUCAUCUGCACUGACGUCAUCCUUAGUCUCAUUGAGAAAGACCUAAGUAUUAACGUGAGUGGCAUAGUAAAGGAGAUGAGACUCCAGCGGCACGGCAUGAUUCAGACCAAGGAACAAUACCUCUUUUGUUACAAAGUCUGGCUGGAAGUGUUACAAAGCAUCUCACUACUUCAUGAUCACCACUGGCAAACUGAAACUUCUUCAUGAACAAAUCCUUACAGUCCUUAAUACAAGUGUUUCCUCAGAAAGGCAACAAUAUAUGUGUUUUUGAGUGGCAGACAUGGUUGUGAUGUGUUGAUUGUGUGAGUCUAAUAUAGUAUGACCACUUCUUCUAUUACUCGAAUAUUGAAUAUAUCAUUGGAAAUAUGGUAGAUAUUUUCAUUAACUGUGCAAUGUCCUUGUGUGAUGUGAUAUAUAUUUUUGUACCAUUUUGGCUUAAAGACACUGAUUUCAUAGCCUUUCUGGACUCUUAGUCAUUUUGCCUUGAACGUAUUUUUUUAAAGACAAAAGUUAUGCACAUUAAUUUUUUAUUCAAAUUAAUUUAACUUAUUUUUC